CAGGAUUAAAGUCAGGGUAGUUUAAACAUGCUUUCUGGAAUACCCCCCAGGUAUGCUUUUAUUUUGAAACGUUUAGCCGGAAGCCCCCUCGCCCCCUCCCCUUGUUGUCCACUUUCCUCCGCCGUGACGUCGCUCGUCAACAAAAGCACCGGGCCCGUUAACGGAGCUCAUCCGGAACCCGCGAUGCUGCACCGGCUCUUCCUCGUGUUUCUGGCCGCCGCCGGGACCUCCGUGCUCGGGCUCCCGCAGCUGAAGGCCUCCCCGCCCGCCGGACCCUGCGCAGCCCCGCUGCAGUGGGAGGGCAGGUGGGUGGUGUACGACCACGGCACCGGCCGCAACAGCCGCGCCGCCGUCUCCUACGACGGCCUGAACCAGCGGGUCCGAGUCCUGCAGCAGCACAAGAAGCACACUCCGUGCCAGAGGUUUUUUGAGUACAUCUACUUGUACAAGAGCAUGGUGAUGUUCCAGAUUGACCAGAAGACCAAAGAAUGCUCCAAGAUUGCUCUGACGGAGGUCUGGGAUCCCUUCAACAUCCCAGACAACUCCACCUUCGAGGACCAGUACUUCAUCGGGGGGCCCGGAGACAACGUGGAGGUGCAGGAGUGGUCGGACAGGAAGCCGGCGCGCAAGCAUGAGACUUGGGUGGGCGUCUACACCCUCAUGGACUGCUACCCGGUGCAGGAGACCUACAUCAAGAACAGCACGGUCACCACCUCCACCCGCUUCAUCAACCUGGAGCUGGGCAUCAGCGACCCCAACGUCUUCUCCCCACCCACCACCUGUCAAUCAGCGCGGCUGGAGAGAAUGGCCGAGUCCGACUGCUGAGCCGGUCCCAUCUUAGAUCCAGUUUGAGUCUUUAGGUUUUCUUUUCACCUUAAACACUAACAGACACUCAAUGCAAUCUAGACAUUCACACAGGCUCCAUCAUGAUCUGAAAGACAACUGCUGUAAAGACUGGAACAACAACAAAAGGCUAUUUAACAACUUCUGUAAUGUUUUUCCAUAAAGGAUUCCUUCAGUUAAAUGCUUGUUUACUCUGGGAUAGAACUGUUACAGCAAGUGAUGAAAUAAAAGUUGAUGACUCAAAAAUUAUGCGAA